AUGGAAGAUAGGCACCACAGAGGAGAGAAGGCGUUCCUGCUGCGGGACUGGAAGCGGGUGGUGCACACGGACGCCGGCGAGAUGAGGGUCCUGAGGAGCUUCCGAAGCCAGAGGAGCGCCGAGAGGUCGACCCGCAUCGGCUUCAUCAACAUGGAACCCAGCACUCUCUUCAUCCCUCAGUAUACUGAUUCCGGCUUAGUCCUCUUCGUCCGAAAAGGAGAAGCAAGGCUCGGGACAAUAUACAGAAACGAACCCGUCGAGAGAAGCCUGCGAAAGGGGGACGUGUACAGGAUUCCCGCCGGUUCCGCCUUCUACCUGGUGAACACUGGGGAGAGCCGGAAGCUCCGCGUCAUUUGCAGCAUUGAGAUCGACACGUCUGAGGAGGACUUGCCGACGAGGAAUUUCCAGUCUUUCUUCCUCGGCGGAGGGCCGAACCCUGCAUCAAUACUCACUGGAUUCGAUCCGGAGACGCUGGCCACCGCGUUUAAUGUUUCUAGUGGAGAAGUGCAGGAGAUUUUGUCCCGGGAAAUAGAAGGUCCGAUCGUGCACAUGAGCGAUUCGCGCCGACCGAGCGCAUGGUCCAAGUUCAUGGAGUUGGAUGAGCAAGACAGGCUGAGGCAUCUCCGGAAAGCGGUCCGGGAGUACGGGGACGAGGACGAGGACGAGGACGAGGACGAGCAGAUCGAGUGGUCGUGGAGGAAGUUGCUGGAGUCAGUGUUGGGACGCAGGAGGAGGCCGGAGAGCAGGGACGAAUGGGGACAUCGCCACGCGCCGGACUCGUGCAAUCUCUACGACCGGAGCCCCGAUUUCAGGAACGAUUACGGAUGGAGCGUUGCGCUCGACGAGUACGAUUACAAGCCUCUCCGGCACUCCGGAAUCGGCAUCUAUCUCGUUAAUUUAUCCCCGGGCUCCAUGAUGGCGCCGCACGUGAAUCCGACCGCGACCGAGUACGGCAUCGUCCUGAGCGGCUCCGGCACGAUCCAGAUCGGGUACCCGAACGGGUCGUCGGCGAUGAACGCGCGGGUGAGAGAAGGCGACGUGUUCUGGAUCCCGAGGUACUUCCCCUUCUGCCAAAUCUCCUCCAACAGCGGGUCCCUCGAGUUCUUCGGGUUCACGACCUCGGCCCGCAGGAACAGGCCGCAGUUCCUGGCGGGCAGGAACUCGGUGCUCCGGGCCAUGGGCGGGCCGGAGCUCGCCAGGUCGUUCGGCGUGAGCGACAAGAGGUUGGCGGAGCUGCUCCGCGCGCAGAGGGAGUCCGUGAUACUGCCCUCGCCGGAGGCGGCGGCGGGCGGUCCCGAUCAGGGCUUCGACGGCGGAGAUCUGGUUGCGGACUUCUGA